AUGGAUGAUCGAAUUUCUGAAUCCUGUUCAUCUUCUGAUGUUGUUGCACUUGAAUACGAAUCCAGUUUGUCCGCUGGUUUGUACAUUUCUCAAUAUUAUCUUUCAAAAUCUGUGAGGGAUUCAACUAAACAGCAGUACAAUCGUGUCUAUGAAAUUUUGGCUGCUUUUUGUCAAGAGAAUGGAAUACCGGAAUUUGGGGCAGAUCAUAAACAAUUGGCUGCCUGUUUUUCUCUGGUAAUGCUACGAGACGGAUCGUAUUCCAAAGUAGUUAUGUUGAGUUCUGCGAUCGCGCAUGAGUAUCGUGUCCGAAUGUUGCCAUUACCUACCGUUCACGAAACAAUAUCUCUUCUCUUCCGUGGUUUCCGGAAUGAGCACCCUCAAAUGCGUGCGCCCAAGUCACCUAUAACUGAAGACAUUUUGUCCAAAAUGUACUUUCAUCUUUAUCGGCCAGUAAAUGGAAGAGAUGGCCUACGUGCCUCACUUGUCCUUUGGAGGACAAUUUGGAGAGUUUCGAUGGAGUAUCAUACACUUGGCCGUUUUAGCGAUAUCGUUAAACUUCAGAGAAAAGAUGUCCUCUAUAAAUCAAGUCCGUCUCCUCAUCUUCAAAUUUUAUUUCAAGGUGGCAAAAACGACCAGUAUUCUGAAGGAAGUGAGAGAAUUGUCGCUUCUAAUAUAAAUGAAGAAAUUUGUCCAGUGAAACUCACUCUCAACUAUUUUCAGUUCUUGGGCCCCUCCUUCUCUGGUUGUUUGGUCCCUUUGUGUACUGCUAAAAAUGUUCCCAACCCUGUUAAGCCUGUACCUUACAGUAGCGCCCUUUCUGAUUUGAAAAAACUGUUGCAAUCGUUGGGUUGUGAUCCUAAACUUUACGGCGAACAUUCCGGGAAAAGAGGCGGUGCCACUGCGGCAGCCGCCCAUGGUGUAACUGAAAGCCAAUUAAAGCGUUUGGGUGGAUGGCGUUCAGAUGUAAUGCCGUCAAAAUACGUUGACCUGUCCCUCUCAAGUCGCAUUUCUAUGUCCCAACUAUUCAAAAAAAAAUUCUCAGUAAUAAUAAUUAUUGUAGCAUGUGUACUUGUGAAGGUCAAAAAUGAAGUUGUGAUACAUAAACUUGAGUCCAACUGGGUCAGAUUGAUUUGA